AUGGAGGAAGACGACUCGGGUGUCUUCGAAGGCAUUGAAGCCGUCCGUCGCAAUCAACAUGCUAAACCUCGUUUCACUCCAAAGGCCAGUGCUGCCAAAAGGAAGAAACCACCUGCUUCUGCUACUCUUGCUGUGGAUAUUGCUCCUGCAUCGAUAAGCUUGACAUCUACCAAUGAGCUUUCACAACAAGAUCCAUUGCUACAGACUAUCCCUACUACUCCACCCAGUGCUCCUAUAACGUCACCACUGGGAGCACCACCAAUCGUACAACCUACUUUGAAUGGAUCAUCUGACCACGGCCAAAAGAGGAGCCACCAUCAAGAAGACGAGUCAGACGCAUCGCGCAAACAGCCUCGUCUCGAGUCUUCAUUGCCAUCAACAUUAUCGAACUUGUCUCCUAUUCGGUCGUCGAAUGUACUCAUGCCUCCCCCAACAAUGGCACAACCACCACCUAUAAUCAGGUCUCAAUCCCCGUCUCCCACCUCGUCGCAGGCACCACCAACAGGACCACCACUAUUACGAAUGUCUGGUCCACCACGACUAGCUACCCAACAACCACCACCAAUGACUCCUACAGGUCCACCCAAACUAACUAGUCGCACACAAGGAAACGGAGGUCCAUCAUCAUCCUCAGCAAGCAGCAAAGUACCAUCCCCCGAUGCGGAAGAAAACGAUCCGGACAGCCGAUUUGAACACUUAGCGACACCGUAUAUGACAAUGAAACUAUCCGACAUUAUUGAAGAUAAAUUGAUACUCGGUCAAAUGACUGAGGAAGAAGAACGCCAAAAUCCUCUGACCAAUCCCUCGGCACCUGAGUAUUAUAUAGGAUCGGUAUCGUCUGCCACAAACAAAGCACCUCAACAAACGGCACCACAGGCAAAUGCUGUACAGCUGACUCUUGUUGGUGGAAAUUUCCAGGUUGCUCACUCGUCUCUGUUGAGACAAGCUGAACCUGAACAGAGGCCUCUGAAGGUAAUAGAAGAGUCUGCCAAUAAGCAUAUCACUAGUGCAUCUUUCCGAAAGAAUCCAAGGGCAUUUCAGCUUAAAUGGACGUAUCAAGAAACAGAACUCUUCUAUGAGUGUCUCUCAUGGUUUGGGACAGACUUUGGUCUCAUCUUGAACAUGUUCCCAGGCCGUACACGUCCACAAAUAAAAACCAAAUUCAAUGCUGAAGAAAAGUCAAACAUGCCUCGAGUCAAUGCUGCUCUCGCCAAUAAAAAAGUGCCCAAUGAUGAUAUACGUAAACGGAUUGCAGACUUGUCUGGUAUCAGACUUGCUGAACGUACUGCUGGCGCCACUCCAUUACUACCAUUGGAUGCCAAAACAUUGGCCGCAGCAGCUGCAAAUGAAGCUGCUGGAACCAAUACUAGCAACAAUAACCCUGAUCAAGCUGGUGGUAGUGAGCAAGAACAGCAUCCAGACCAAGCUGGUGAUACGAAGGGUAGAGAAGGUGAAGCAUCUACAACAGCAAAGGAAAUAGAUACACCGGAAGAAGAGGAUCUCUCCUACAUGCCACCUCUGCCAACUGCACCGUCAACGCGAACAGCUCGAGCACGAGCAGCUGCAGCAGCAUCAUCGUCUACUGGUGGUCCUACUCCAUCUCCUCGCUUAGCUGUAAUCGCUCGACGUAAGAAAUUGGCGGCCGCUGCCAAAAGUACCAACAAAACAACAGCCUCCACAUCUUUAUCAGGCUUAAAUCCACCAGUCAGAUCAAACACGAGCUCUGACGAUGAUGGCUCGAAUGAGGCUCGGAUGGGUAUAUCAGAUCUCCCUGGAUCUAGGAGGCACACAAAGAUACUUCGGAAUCCUACAAUACGUAGUGGAUCCCCAGCACCACAGGUGGCUCUACGUAGUGCUGUAUUAGGACUAGGUACGAUGUCUCCUACUCCAACACCACAACCAUCUGCGCCAGACAUAAUGGCUCUACCAGCAAUGGCUCGACUAGGAGGACCACCACCAUUGCUUCGAUCAGUUGUACCACCAAUGCCACCACCACCAGCUCCAUCUACGCUUAGUAUGCCGCCCCCCUUGAGUCGAUCAGCAGGACCACCACGACUUGUAUCGAGAGCUACUGCUGAAUCUGCUAGUAGUAGUCACAACAUUAAUAGUAUUGGUACAGCACAACCAUCAGAACCACAAGAAGAGGAAGAGGAAUUGGUGUAUGGCGGUCAAGAAGACCGCGAUGAGGAUGGUGAACAACGUGAUGAAGAAUGA